AUGUAUACUCCUGUCUUAGUGCGAGGGUUCUGCUGCACCCUCCAGCAGAGGCCCAGCAGUGGAGGGGCGACAGCGAGGGUGACACACCAGAGCAGAGGUGGAGGAGGUGGGACACUGAGACAGGUGGGCAGGGCUGGGUGGAGGCUGGAGACCAGGGAGGGACCCGGGUCUAGGACAAGGACCUGGACCAGGAGCAAACCUGGCCCAGCCUGGGACGGAGGAGGGUGGGCAGAGCUCCAGGAUCAGAGAGGGGCAGGCAGGGAAACAUCAGAAACACCCAGAACCCCCUGCAAUGACAUGAGGCAGGCUGAUGACGGACGGCAGGCUGCUGGAAAGGUCUCAAAGCUGCAUCUUUAUCUGCCUUCCUUGCCCCAUGAGGAAGAGGAGCAGGAAGCUGAAACAGAGGGGACGAGACCUUCAGCAGAAGAGACUAGUAUUCAAGAGCCGACCAAGCUAAGCUCAAAACCAAGAAUCUCAGUCACCCCUGCUUCAAACCACACAGGAGCACAGGAUCCAGCUGAAACCCACCACAUACAGGACGCUUCACUCUACUGCAGGCCCGAGUCACCUUCUGAUGAUGUCACACAAAGGGACCCUGAGGACUAAGGACAUGUGAACCAUAGUGCAACACAGAGUUCAGAGCAGAAUCUAAAUAGCAGUCCCAGCCCAUUGGCCCUUGAACAGCCUCUGCAUGCUCUGAAUAAAGAAAUGCGAAAGGACGACAAGUCCUCUCCUGACAGGGUCUGCAGCUGUCUGGAGAUGGAGGGCCCCACAUCUGUUAAGAAACAUGGAUCCCAUAAGGAGGACCUCCCCAAAACCAAAACCACAAAGACUGGUGUGGGGACCCUACAGACCACAGCAGGUUAAGACUGUGGACACACUGCAGGGCCACUCGAGAGCACUGAUGAGUGAUAAGAAGUGCAUGGAGGAGUGACAUG